AUGGUUUCCCCCGAGCCGUUACUUGUGGAACCCGUGACGCGGUUAGUACAGCUGCCACGAGCAGGCCUGGCCUCCGACGCCAUGCGCGUGGGCCCCGUGCGCGAGACAUCGACUUCCCCGGCUCCGGGCGCGUCGAGGACGCUGCAGCGUUUGGCAAACCUCCUCGAGCGCCAUCGCUCCGAGCUCCACCGGGAGCUUCGUUCUGCCAAGAUGGUCUUGCAACAGCCAUCCACUCCGGCACAGCCAAGCCGCACGCCUCGCCCGCCGCAGCGGCCGCCCCGUCGGCUGGUCUCCGCGCCGGCGGGUGGAGCCUGCCAGGUGGAGGUUCCCUCCAGCAGCCACAGCAGUGCAAGCAGCUGCGGGAGCCAAAGCAGCGCCCGGCCGCAUCGCAGCGCUUCGGGGCCCGGGCUUCCUGCGCUGGCGGAGCUUCACGCAAUGGCCGACUCGCAUUGUGCGGCGCUGUCAAGGCUCGGCUCGUGA